AGAAGACAAAGAAGCAAAAAAGGAAUGGUUCACCAAUACCUAAUGCCCGAAUGACACAAGAGAAGUCUCAUCCUUCCCAAAGACUUCCUAGUCAAAAUGAAGUAGUGUCAAUUAAAGCUAGUGCCCCGAUACUCUUCAAGAUUCCUAGUGGGGUUCCUCGCUUUCUCAAGUGUCUACUAACUACCGUGAAGUAUGUGGAGCCAAGUUUCAUGAUCAAAGUUCUGAUCAAUUUUGAGAUAUUAGGCCAUGAGAAUGAUUUAUAUAUCUCACAAGAAGAUAUAGUCCACGUUGGCUUAAUGGAAGAGAUUGGAGCAUCAUGUGUAUCGUUAUAUAUCAGGAUUUUAUACUUCCAAUUAGUGAAAAGAGAGAUCAGUCACUUUUUUCGUUUUGUUGAGCCAAUUUGGUUAUCAAAUGUUGGAUCCACUGAAGAAGAAUGAGUUGAAUGGGUAUCAAAGCGUAUGAUUGAUUCAAAUCCGGGUCAGAUGUGGUUGUUGCCAAAUCA